AAGAAAUUAAUGAUGAUAAAUUGUUAAUUGAGGAAAUUGUUGAUAUUUCAAACCCAGCUUUUAUUGGAAAUAAUAAUUCGUUUAUUGAAGAUCAAGGCAAAAUGUUAAAUACAGCAACUCAGCGGUUCAGUUCAGGCAAUCUUGAUUACAAUCCUGCAAGCUUAGUGACAUAA